AUGGCAAUCCGAGCCUGGGGCAGAAGCAGAUACCGCGCCUACACCAUUAUUUCCCGCAAGUUUUUGUCCUACCUACGAGAGAAAUCGCGGUCGCAGAAAUGGCUAAUUCUUGGGAGGCUGUUUAGAAAUAUAAACCACCUCCUACGAGAAAAUAUCCAUGAUGGACCCUUUUAUGCAGUCCUCAGAUAUCCUCCUAGUGGGACGAGUGCGCCGUCGCCUCGCGCACAAUUUGACCCAUUCCAGGGAAUGGCGACAUAUUCGCAGAGAUAUUUAAAGAAAACAAGGGUAUUGCCAAAACUGAGUGCAAUACCUUUUGAAAUGAACCUUUUCCCUAAAGAGUUAUGGUCCACUCUGGAUCCAAAAUAUGUAGGUUUACCGGGAGGAAUGGGUGGAGGUUUUGGUGCUCUUUCUCGAACUGGUCAGAAACGCGGAUUUGAAGAUGACGAAGACGAUGCAGUCGAUGUUAUUAUUCGCAAACGCCGAAAUGUCGAUGAAGAGGAUGACGAAGGAUCUGAUAUUGAUAGGCGAAAAGAUACAGAAGAUGAAGCCGCACUUGACGACGAUGAUGCUGAGGGCGAAGAAGAAAUUGUCGAUGAUGAUUUCGAGGAGGACGAGGAGGACAUGGGCGGGGAUUAUAACGCUGAGCAGUACUUCGACGCAGGGGAUGAGGCUGAUGAUUAUGGCGAUGGGGAUGCCGGUGAUGGUGAUCACUAUGUGGCAGAGCAUCUUAACAGGGUUACUGAUAUGGCGUGCAGCGAAAAUGCCAUCCAGAGGACUGCUCUAGUCAUUUACGCCUCGGAAACAGGGAACUCGCAAGAGAUCGCAGAAGAGCUUAGCCGUUUGACGGAGCGACUCUAUUUCCAGACUGAUAUAUCGGAGCUAGAUGCCGUCAAGGCGGAAGUUCUAAAUAAAUACUCACUCACUAUCCUUGCAGUCUCCACUACUGGGCAGGGAGAUCUCCCGGCCAAUGGGCGAUUAUUUUGGAGAUCCCUCUUACUGAAGCGACUUCCAAAUACAUUUUUACACCAAGCCAAUUUUGCCAUUUUUGGGCUUGGAGACAGUUCCUAUCCAAAAUUCAAUUGGGCAGCUAGAAAGUUACUCAAAAGGCUCCUUCAACUAGGAGCGAAUGAGAUAUUCCCAAGCGGCGAAGCCGAUGAGCAACAUCCUGAAGGAACCGAAGGGUGUUUCGUGCCAUGGGCUCAGGCUCUAAAACGCUUUUUAUUAGAUAAAUUCCCAUUAAAACCUGGAGAACACCCGAUACCAGAGGAUACCCUUUUACCACCGAAAUGGAUAGUUACCACUUACGGUCCAAAGCCGAGCGAAGCGGAUCAAACUUCACAAGUCGGCAUGGCUCUACACAGAACUGCUGAGUCGGCGGGCUCCUUUGUCGCCUUGCAACCAGAAGAUCACGACACGCGACCUAUUCCUAACGCUGUUCCAGCAACCUUAAUCGAAAAUACUCGUGUUACUCCAAUGACACACUGGCAGGAUGUCCGACACCUGGUAUUUACCAUUCCCAAUCCCAUUCCAUACCGUCCUGGUGACGUUUUACACAUCACCCCAAAAAAUUUUACAAAUGAUGUAAAUGCUCUCCUGUCCUUAAUGGAUUGGGAAAGUGACGCCGAUAUACCCCUAUGUUUUGUUCCCGGAGCCAUAUCCCCAUCACCCUCACCAACUGCUCCUAUCCCAGUCCUUCAACAUAGACCUGGAUUUACUUUGCGUGAACUACUUACAAAUUACUUGGAUAUUAUGGCUAUUCCACGUCGAUCAUUCUUUUCCCAAAUAGCCCAUUUUACUAGCGAUGAAAUGCAUAAAGACCGACUUUUAGAAUUUACUAACCCUGAAUAUAUUGACGAGUAUUAUGAUUAUGCUACUAGAUCACGACGAAGCAUCUUGGAAGUCUUAUAUGAGUUCGACACUAUAAAGAUACCCUGGCAGCAAGUUUGUACUGUUUUUCCCGUCAUGCGUGGCCGCCAAUUCAGCAUCUCAAGUGGUGGAAAAAUGAAACAGACACCUAACGGAGGCACAAGAUUUGACUUGUUAGUUGCCAUUGUUAAAUACCAAACAGUUAUAAAAAAAAUUAGAGAGGGAGUUUGUACACGGUACCUCGCAAUACUUCAACCUGGAAGCACAUUGAAAGUGCAGCUCCAUCGAGGAGCCCUCAGUUCCUCGGCAAAGCAGUUUCUCGAGCCAUCGGUACUAAUUGGGCCUGGAACAGGCAUCGCUCCUAUCCGGUCCCUACUCUGGGAGAAGGCCGCCAUAGUGGAGGCACACCGAAAGAAAUACGGUCAAACCGUGCCCUCACCGGUAGGACCUGUUAUCUUACUCUUUGGUGGCCGCAACCAAACAGCAGAUUACUUCUUUCGAGAGGACUGGGAGGAGCUUGGCACAGUGCUCGAUCUUACCGUGUUCACAGCAUUCUCCCGAGAUCAAAAGCAGAAAAUCUACGUUCAAGAUGUGAUCCGACAAAAUAAAAAUCGUUUUUUCCAGGUAUUACAUGAUAUGCAGGGAGCAGUUUUUAUUUGUGGCUCAUCCGGCCGCAUGCCCCAGGCAGUACGAGAGGCGUUGAUCGAGAUGUUUGAAACAGGAGGAAGGCUUGUAUACAACCGGCAAGAAGCAGAAGGCUACCUAAUGGAUAUGGAAAAAGUUGGCCGAUACAAGCAAGAGACGUGGUAG